ACGGAACUCAAAACAAGUUGAGCACAAAUCCGAACCGAAAGAACGAGAGAAAACAAAGAAAUUGAGAAAUUUGAAAAACGGCACAGAAGACUGCUGCUAUCAUUUCACUCUCUCUUGCUUCGGCUCAGUCUCUAUCUCGAAGCGGACACCGUAACGGUUCGCCUUCCCAUUUCGGCGACACCGGAGAUCUUAGCGAAUCAUCGGCGGUUUCUUGAUCUCUAGACCUUUUUCUCCCUGUUUGGCUGUUUCAGUGCUCUGGACUAACUCUCAUUUUUGUUUUCCUGUUUUCUCCAUAUCAAUAAUAUUAUCAUCAAGAGCUGGGUGAGUAAGACUUGGUGGUUAUUAACAUCAUUAUAUCUUUCCUUUUUAGGCAAACAAAAUGAUUGGAUCAUUUCUUACAAGAGGACUUGUGAUGGUUUUUGGCUAUGCGUAUCCUGCUUAUGAGUGCUAUAAGACUGUUGAAAAAAAUAAGCCAGAAAUUGAGCAUCUUCGAUUUUGGUGCCAGUACUGGAUUUUGGUGGCUAUGUUGACAGUUUGUGAGAGAAUUGGAGAUGCUUUUAUUUCAUGGGUUCCACUGUACAGUGAAGCUAAGCUGGCUUUUUUCAUUUACUUGUGGUACCCUAAGACUAAGGGAACUUCCUAUGUGUAUGAUUCCUUCUUUAGACCAUAUGUCUCAAAGCAUGAGAAUGAAAUUGAUCGCAGCUUGUUGGAACUAAGAACUAGAGCUGGAGAUAUGGCAGUUUCAUACUGGCAAAGGGCUGCAAGCUAUGGUCAGACAAGAGUAUUUGAGACUUUGCAGUAUGUUGCUGCACAGUCAGCUGCUAGGCCUCGUCCUGCUCAGCCACAACACCAAGGUGCCAGGGCUCACCAGCCCGCUGAUGCUCUAAAUCAUCAACCUUCUACUAACAACCGUCAACCAGCUGCAGCACAACCAGAGACUGAAGAACCUGCAUCCCCCACUUCUAGCUCGUCUUCAAGUCAACACCAAAUGGAGGUACCAGAAGAUGUGGCUCCUUCACCAGUGCUAGAAGCAACUCCUACUGCAGCAGCUUCAAAUGCCCAAAACGCUCCUGCCUCGCCUUCCAAUGCUUUAAAAGCAAAUGCCACAUCUGAAGCUUCCAAUCAGUCUUCAACAACCAAGGCGGAAGCAAUGCAAGUUGAAGCAGCGCCUUCAUCAACAAAUGAAAAUGCAAACCCUCCCACGAACGAGACUAACAUGGAUGAAGCCAUUCGUGUUACAGGUGCCAGAUUGAGGAAAAGCCGUUCUGGAUCAAAAAGUUAAAAAGAUUGGUUUCAGUAGAUGAUGGGUGUUGGAUCAUUGUUGUUGACGUUGAUGUAAAUUUGUUGUCUUCUGUUUUCUUUUUCAUUUGUUGCUUUAUUUUUUGAAAAUGAAUUGGCAGAUGAAAGGGCUUGAGUUGAUAGGAGAAAAUUGAUGCAAAAUUAGAGAUGAUAAAAGUGAAGAUACUGAAACAUAAAGUUGGCAGGAUGCUUUUGGGGGCCGCUUGUAUUGCGUAGAUGAAAUUUGUAAUAUGGCUGGAAGAUGAACUCAACUAUUAUCUUCAAUAAAUUUGGUUUGUAUAGUUUACGCUUA